UUCGCGUCUCACCUGACGCACAAUGAAAGCACGCAAGGCUGGAUGAGUGGGGGUGAGCUCGCGGGGGAAAAAGAGAGGCGCGACUGUGAGAAAGAACAAAAGGGAAGGUGGGAGAGAAAUCGGCGAGAGAGCUCGUUUCUGCCGUCAUGGCUGAAUCAUUGUGAGUGCUAUUCCGCGUAGAGAAACUGAUAACAGAUGACGCGCCGCGUGUGAUUCACACCACCUUUAAGCUUUUGGACGAAAGAAUCAUCGCGGUCGCUCCUCUUCCCUCGCCGCACGUUGGCGUACGGUUUUGAACACCUGACCCCUGUUCGAUUUCGGGUCCCCGGGUGGCGGCGAUCCGAGCAUCGCCGUUUCAGCCUCGAUGCCGAGGCUCCACGACGACGAUACGUGAUAAGAGAGACAAUUUUUUUUUUCUCCUCUUCUGUGUGUGCGGUGUCGUGUUGUGCGUGCGGUGUGGCGGCUGUGCGUAGUGUGUGUACACAUUCCCACGGUCGCUGAUUUGCACGAUGAACGGGUUAAGUUUGAGUGAACUGUGUUGCCUGUUCUGCUGUCCGCCCUGCCCGUCCAGAAUCGCAGACAAACUGGCGUUCCUACCGCCCGAGCCUACGUACUCGUUCGUCGAGGACGAGGGCUCCAAGUAUACAAUCUCCCUGUCGGAGCGCGCCGAGUGGCAGUACACCGAGCGCGAGAAGGAGGCGGUCGAGGGAUUCUACGCCAGGACGUCGCGCGGCAAUAGGAUCGCGUGUUUGUUCGUAAGAUGUUCGGCGACCGCGCGAUUUACGAUUCUAUUCUCGCACGGGAACGCCGUCGACAUCGGCCAGAUGUCAAGCUUCUACUUCGGUCUAGGAUCGCGCAUCAACUGCAACAUAUUCAGCUACGAUUACUCCGGUUACGGGGUGUCGGGCGGCAAAGCGUCCGAGAAGAAUCUCUACGCGGACAUCGACGCCGCGUGGCACGCGUUGCGUACGCGUUACGGAAUAAGUCCGGAAAACAUAAUUCUGUACGGGCAGAGUAUCGGCACGGUGCCGACGGUAGACUUGGCCGCGAGAUACGAGGUCGGCGCGGUGGUGCUGCAUUCGCCGCUCAUGUCCGGGAUGCGGGUCGCUUUCCCAAAGACCAAGAGAACCUGGUUCUUCGACGCGUUCACCAGCAUAGAUAAAGUGCCGAAAGUGACGUCUCCCGUUCUGGUUAUUCACGGCACGGAAGACGAAGUAAUAAACUUUAGUCAUGGCCUGGCGAUCUACGAGAGAUGUCCACGUGCCGUGGAACCGCUGUGGGUCGAGGGUGCCGGCCAUAACGACGUAGAGCUGUUCAACCAGUACCUCGAACGAUUAAAGCAAUUUGUAAGUGUGGAAUUGGUGAACUGACGGCGACUAAGCCUCUCCCAGAG